UUAAAAAGAUAGUUCGGCAGGUGAUCGAGGGCAGAAAAAAUCGUAUAAACUUUGAAGUUCUGAACCUCCCUACCAAAGUCCUUAGACUGAACAUCUUCAAGAUAUACUGACGCCCUGAAUUCCAUGUUAUUUUUAGGACCUGCCUUGCUCUUGACUUUGAUAUGAGCUGAUGCCUUACCACCAACUGUUACUGAUUGUAACAUAUUGAAUUGAACCAAUCAGAAUGGGGAACCAACUGACUGGUGUAGCACCCUCACAGAUCUUGCCUGUUGAGCAUUAUCUGACAGAUGUGUCGGACUACACAUUUGAUAUUAGUCUCGGAAGUACCAGGUUUUUUAAAGUGGCAAGGGCACGGUACAAGGAGGGUUUGACUGUGGUGAAAGUAUUUGUGAUUCACGAUCCAUCUCUACGUUUGCGCCCUUACAAAGAAUAUGUAGAGGGUAUUAGUCAACAACUUCAAGAUGCAUCCAAUUGCUUACCAUAUGAACGAACUACGCUAUCCGAUAAAGCAGCUCUGCUUUUCCGUCAAUAUGUGCGUAACAAUCUCUAUGAUAGAAUCAGUACUCGACCAUUUUUGAAUAGCGUGGAAAAAAAGUGGAUAGUUUUUCAAUUGCUCUGUGCCGUCAAUCAAGCACAUAGAAUUCAGGUGUACCAUGGCGACAUCAAAAGUGAAAAUGUGAUGGUAACCGGAUGGAAUUGGAUUCUUUUGACAGACUUUGCAGGAUUUAAGCCAACGUACAUACCUGACGAUAACCCCGCUGAUUUUUCAUUUUUCUUUGACACAUCACGUCGUCGCACCUGCUACAUUGCCCCAGAACGAUUUGUUGAUGCAAGUCUGCGACAAGUGGAUCCUCAGGGUGGGGAGAAUCUAGAUGGGCUUCAGGAGGUCACAGAUAUGCAAAAGGGGGAACUGACACCUGCCAUGGACAUUUUCUCAGCAGGAUGUGUGAUUGCUGAACUAUUUACUGAAGGUCAUGCCCCCUUUGACCUCUCCCAGUUGUUGGCCUAUAGGAGCGGCCAUUAUAGCCCAGAUGCUGUACUAGACAGAAUUGAAGAUCCACACAUAAAGGGGUUAGUUAAGCACAUGCUUCAGAUGGACCCCAGUGCUCGUUAUUCGGCGGAGGAGUAUCUUAUCAAAUGGCGUGAUGUGGUUUUUCCAGAAUAUUUCUACAGUUAUUUGAAAAUUUAUCUUGGUGAUUAUGCAGCCAUUCCCAUCAUGCCCUCAGAUGAGAAAAUUAGGAAGUUAAACUCAGAUAUGCCAUUGAUUAUUGAAAAAUUAUGCCCAUCUGUACCAGAUAACCAGAAUGAGGAGAGUAAGAAAGGCCUCGUCAUAGUCCUAUCACUACUUACCUCCUGCCUACGAACAUUGAAGUUUUGUAUUUCUAAACUUGCUGCUCUUGAUAUGUUAUUUACAAUAGCACAACAUCUGUCCAAUGAAGUUAUUCUUGAUCGAGUCAUUCCAUAUAUUCUGUAUUUUGUUGAAGAUGAAUAUGCUAGAGUCCGUGCAGCUGCUGUUAAAACACUUACAGACACUGUAGCUUUAGUCAAGUCUGUACCAAGGAGUGAUGCUAACAUCUUUCCUGAGUACAUACUACCUAAACUGACAUCUCUUGCCCAAGAUCCUGUAGUCCAAGUUCGAGUAGCCUAUGCUGAGAAUGUUGCCAAAGUAGCAGAAACAGCUUUAAGAUUCCUCGAAAUGGUUCAACUAGACCAGUCCAGCCAAGAUUCAACAGAGUUGACACAGAAUCCAGAAACAAAUGUGCAAUAUACAGUUAGCUAUGAUUUGGAGCUUCAAAAUCUCCAUGAUAUGAUCCAAUCCAAAGUUGUUCGUUUAUUAAGUGACUCGGAAAAUAUUGUGAAACGAACCCUGUUAGAUAAUGGUAUCACCCAGCUUUGUGUGUUCUUUGGUCGUCAAAAGGCCAAUGACAUCCUCCUCUCUCACAUGAUCACCUUCCUGAAUGACAAGCAUGAUUGGCAUUUGAGGGCGGUGUUCUUUGAUAAUAUUGUUGGUGUUGCUGCGUAUGUUGGUUGGCAAAGUAGUUUUAUACUCAAGCCUUUAAUCCAGCAGGGCUUGGCAGAUAGUGAGGAGUUUGUGAUAUGCAAGGCACUGAAUGCUUUCUCCAGUCUUGUUGAAAUUGGCUUGAUUGACAAACUACUCGUUAGGGAUCUGACCAAUGAAAUUGUCCCAUAUCUUUGCCAUCCCAGUUACUGGAUUCGUCAUGCUACAGUUGGUGUGAUUGCAACAAUAGCAAGAACUUUGAACAAAGCAGAUGUUUUCUGCUACGUACUUCCAUUGCUACAACCAUAUUUGGCAGAGACCAUUAUCCAAGUAGAUAAAGAGCCUAUUCUUCUGAGUGCUCUGGAAGAACCAGUGCGCCGCUCUAUAUAUGACUACGUUCUACGUCUGAAGAACCUAAACGACCUGCUAGAUUCCCUCCAUGACCGGCAACUAAUUCGUAAUAUCACAAGACCUGGGCACAAGCCAGACUAUACAAGUGCAGAGGAUCCCAACCUCGCUCAGGUUUAUAAAAAACUGUUUUCUCAGGGAAUGACUGAAGAUGAUGAAGAAAAGAUUCUCCUGAUGAAAUUUAUUCUGCUUAAGCUGAGUGUUUCAAAAAUGGCAUUGUCUAUGAAUGAGAGUGCUCCUACUCCCGAUGGGGGCUUGCUCAGCGCCCCUGGAUCGAUCAACCUUGCUCUUAAAAUGGACAUCCAGCGAAACCAUGCAGACAUGUUGAAGCCUGUCAAUUCUCGAUCUGAUGAUGGCAAUAAAGCAGCAAAUAGAAAGCUUAAGAAACGGCCAUCGAAUGUGGAACCUAUCAUGAAUGAGGAUUGGAAGAGUAUGUUUGGUGACGUUGUAGCAGCAAAAGCUGGCGCCAAGCAACCCCAAGCUAAUGCUCCUGUUCAGAAGGCCCAGGAGGCAUAUCCAAACCAAGUGACAUCAGAAGGGGCAGAUACUGCAAAAAAGCCAUUAGCAGACCCAGUGACGGACCCACAGCAUGCAGGCUUUACAGCCAAUGCUCCUAUCAGCAUGUCACAGCUUCAAGCUUCCACAGAAGGAUUGAGUUUAAAGAAAACCCAGGCUCCAAAACCAAAAUUAGCCCAACCCCAAAUUCGGCAGGCAACAUGUCGUAUACAGCUUCGUAAAAUUGUGGCCAAGAAACGUGAACAAUACCAGUCGAAUGAAACAAGACAGCGAUUGAUUGAAUACGUAACAAUAGAUACCAAAGUGCCUCAAGAAAAUUGGCGACCAAAGGGCCUGCUGGUAGCACACCUUCACGAGCACAAAGCAGCGGUUAACAGGUUGCACAUCAGUCACGAUCAUAGCUUCUUCGCAACUUGUUCUAAUGACGGGACGGUUAAAAUUUGGGACUGCAACAAACUAGUAGGCAAUAGCAAUACGAAUCGCUCACGACAGACGUACUCGAGGCAGACUGGACGCAUCAAGUCUUUAACGUUUUGCCAAUCAUCACAUAACAUUGCAUCGGCCUCUGAGGAUGGCUCGAUAUUUGUUUUCAAGAUUGAGGCCGAAUCUUUGAGGACAGGUCUUCUUCAUAGCCGCAAUCUUGACCUGAAUGAGGAUGGGCCAGCAAUUGACCUCAGUCAUUAUGAUACAGGCUCUCAGUCGGUGCUAACUUACGCAACAGUAAUGGGAAAACUUGUAGGAUGGGAUUUACGAGCACCUGGCGUUGCCUGGAGGCUACAGAAUGACUUGAAAUACGGCUUAAUCACAACAUUUGCAGUAGACCAGAAGCAGUGCUGGUUGGCUGUGGGUACCAGCAGUGGGAAACAUAUAUGCUGGGACAUGAGAUUCCAGUUGCCUAUUACCACAAUAGCCCAUCCAACAAGUGCCAGGGUCCGUCGCAUCAUGGUUAAUGCAUUGCAUACGUCUGGCCUCAUUUCCAGUAUACAAGGUAAUAAUGAGGUGUCUAUGUGGGACCUGGAGACAGGGGCACGCCAGCUUACCUUGUGGGCCAGCUCGUCCCCACCCUUAUCGCAAAGCCAGGCCACAAUCCAUGGUGUUAAUGGUAUGUACCAUUACCCAACAAAUGGGUCUGGAGCAGCAAUGAUCACGGCUGGGUCUGACCAACGCAUCAGAUUCUGGGAUCUAGCAUGCUCCGCUCGCUCUUACAUCAUUGCAGGCUCUGCUAAUGAUCCUCAAACACAGCCUAAUGUAUCGUACAAGCAGAAGGUUGUUGAUGGGGAUGAAGUGUUUGUUGAGACAUACGGAAAGCAGCGGUCAUCACAAAAUGAAGAUUCACCGCGUAGAGGCCCAGAGCAAGUGCCACCUGGACACCGAGAUGUCAUCACCGAUAUUGGUGUCUACCACACUAAUCCAGACCAGUCUUUCAUAGUUUCUACAUCAAGGGAUGGUGUUGUUAAAAUUUGGAAGUAAUGUAAGAUGUUGGCUUCCUAUUGUGUAACCAUCUGUAAUGGGCUUGUGAAUCUCCAAUCACUUUUAUUGUGUUUAAAUAAGCCCAAGCAUCCAUAACUUAAGUUAGAUUGAAUAUUUUUCUUAUGAUAAACCAACCUUAAGUAGACUUACUCUGCUAAGUUCCAGCUAUCUUGUGAAUGAUGUAAUUUUCUAGAUUACAUACUUUGGUGCUUCCUACAAAUGGAAGUCUACUUAAUUUUAGUUUAAAAACAAUAUUCAACCUAACGUUAAUGAAACCAGAUUUUUUUUGGAGAAUAUCUGGGUUUGUAUGAAAAAGUGAAUAGAUUAUAUAAAGUAUCUAACAUUACUAGUUUUGUCUAAAAUUACUCUAGUAAACCUUAUCUUCAUCUAAAAUUGAUCUAGUAUCCCCUAGGUCCAACAGAGUCCUAGGUUUGAAUUUACUAUAGUAUCUCCUGGGUCCAUCAAAAUUUACCCUAGGAACACAUAGGCUUGUCUAAAAGGUGAUUAGUACUCCUAUGUUUAUUUUGACUGCAUAUUCAUCUUCUUUUUAACUGUUUUGAUAUACAGAUGAGGUAUUCGUGUUACCAAUUUUACUCAUGGAACUCUAUGUAAGAUUAUUUUGUCAUAGACCAAUAUUGGUGCGAAAAGUGGGGCGUAUUUUACAAUUUUGUUUUCGUUUUGACUGCUACGAAUUGUGCAAAUAUUAUACAGAUAAUCAUUAAUGUUUUUAUUGAUUAAAAAUAUUUUUAAAAUAAAAUUUAUUCAUUUUUUUGUUUAUAAUUAUAGUGACUUACUCACAAGGUGAUAAAUAUUGGAUACGCAUUCAUUGCUAUAAUGCUGUAGAAAUUAAAUAUCCUGACCUUUACAUUUCAUUGCUGGCUGCAAUGUGGUGCAUAGCUUACCGUCUAUAUGUGCACAUACUUUCUUAAAUAUUUAGAUUACACCAGCUCAUCAUGAGAGCCACUAUAAGUCAAAUUCUGCUUGAAUGAACGAAUAUCAGUGAUAUAGAACUCCCAUGUAAGAUUACUUUGUCAUAGGCCAAUUUUGGUGCCAAAAUUAGGAUGUAUUUUACAGUUUUGUUUUUCAUUUGGACUGCUAAGGAAUUGUGCAAAUAUUAUACAGAAAAUUACUAAUGUUUUUAUUGAUUUAAAGAUUAUAAAAAUAAAAUUUAUUCAUUUGUUUUUGUUUAUAAUUAUAGUGUUUAAUUCACUCACAAGAUGAUAAAUAUAAGAUACGCAUUCAUUGCUAUAAAAUGCUGUUAAAAUUAAAUAUCCUGACCUUUUACAUUUCAUUAUUUGCUGCGAUGUAUUUGCUGUAUGUAUUUGCGCACAUACUUGCUUAAAAUAUUUAGAUUACACCAGAUCAUCAUGAGAGCCACUAUAAGUCAAAUGCUGCUUGAAUAAGGAAUAUCAUUGAUGAGUUUUUAUGUUUAAAGCCCUGUCUAGACUAUUAAAUUUUCUUUGACAAAAAACUGUUGUAUGCCCAUAUAUAGUCAUGAUGUGGCUAUAUAUGGUCAUGAUGUGAUGUCAUCAUGACCAUGUUUAGGCAUGUCACAUGUCUGGACAGGGCUAAGUAUGUACUUGUGACUUAAUUUCAUUCCUAUCUGUUCAUGUGGUUACUUUAUAGUUGAAACAACUACGUGACAUGAAUUUAUUAUACAAAUAAAACAAAUAUAUUGAAUCUAUCAAA